GUUGUAACAAAUUUGGUAAAAUAUUAUCCACGUGAAACGCAGAGGAAGGCAAAUGGGUAUCCUUUGUAAUUGCCUGAAGAAUAAACCCUCCUACCUGCCAUUGCGAGAGAGGUUUGUGUAUUGUUAGUGAAUUGUUUGAUCUUACUUUAGUUCGUUCGACGUGCUUGGAAUGCCUAAUAUUUAAUGAGUUCAUCCUUCCGUCGCUUUCGGCUUUGUCAUAUAACUGGGGAAAGUCGUACGACUGGAUAUUUCACAACGUGCACAGGUCACUUUAUUCACCCAUAAUCCGGUCAUCAUGGAUUGUCGUGUACUGUCAAUUCAAAGCCAUGUUGUCAGGGGAUAUGUUGGAAAUAAGUCAGCAACGUUUCCUCUUCAGGUACUGGGCUUUGAAGUGGACUCUAUAAAUUCCGUACAGUUCUCCAAUCACACGGGGUACACCAGGGAUGUGUCUUUCCUGGAGAUGGUGGUGAGCAUGGUGCAGGAGCUGAAGGGAACCAACCCCAGCCUUGUGUAUGUGUGUGAUCCAGUACUAGGUGAUAAUGGGGCAAUGUAUGUUCCAGAAGACUUGCUGCCUGUGUACAGGGAAAAGGUUGUGCCAGUUGCUGACAUCAUUACCCCCAACCAGUUUGAGGCCGAGCUUUUGACAGGCAAAAAAAUCAGCACAGAGAAAGAUGCAGUUGAGGCUAUAGAUCUGCUGCAUGCAAUGGGUCCUCACACUGUGGUCAUCACCAGCUCUGACCUGCUCUCUCCUCUUGGAGAUCAGCACCUGGUGGCCCUGGGGAGCCAGACUACAGUGGGAGCGGGCGGCACUAAGGAAAAACAGCAGAUCCGGAUGGACAUUCCCAAGGUGGAUGCUGUGUUUGUGGGCACUGGUGACCUGUUUGCUGCUAUGUUGCUGGCAUGGACACACCACCACCCCAAUGACCUCAAGACAGCCUGCGAGAAGACCGUUUCUGGGAUGCAACAUGUGAUUAAGAGGACCAUCACUUAUGCCAAGGAGAUGGCGGGGCCAGGAAGCAGGCCGAGUCCCGCACAGCUGGAGCUGCGGGUGGUGCAGAGUAAAGCAGACAUAGAGGAGCCCUCCAUAGCUGUGGAGGCCACCGUUUUGUAGGUGGUCUCCUGCAUCCUCUUCUGGAGGGCCUGGGUGUCACGUGUCACACAGCAGCACCAAGCAGGCACAUGCUGUAUGGUACCAUGGUAAAUUUAAUGCACUGUUAUUUCUGAAAAAACACAUUAAUGUGUAAGAAGGGACAUGCUGCCCAGAGACCGUCCAAAAACUAAACCGAUGACUUAGUAUAGUGUUUCUGAUCUGGGCCCAUUCCAGAAGUACUGGGUGUGUGCCCAUCUGGCCACACUGCUUUUAAUGUUUUACAAGAAAAUAAGUGUUUAUGCUGGAUUUGCUAAUUUACAUUCUGAAUACAUUCACGAUACAUGGAUGCACUCUCUUUACAUGGAUCACAGGAGCAUAACGUUUUCGUUACAUUCCAUACUACUGUUAAAAUUUCACAUUCAACUUGAUCCUAUGUCUUGAUAUUGCUGUAACACCGAUGUAAUUGUUAGAAGAAUUUCAGAUCAAGAAAAAUCCAAUGCAAGAUGUUGGUAGCAAACUGCUAACAAGAAUGACCCCAGGAAAUCCAGGCUUCCAUAUCUUUGUUUUUGAAGACAUGUCUCUCAGCAACGUGGUUUUACCAUCCCAUUCUUUCACAAAAGAUCCUAGGUUCUGUCAAAUUCCUCGCGGCGAAAGAUAAGCUUUGGAUUUUCCACAUUUUAACAACUGUUUUUCUACAACAGUGGUCCGUGGGCCUCUGAACACACAUCAUGGUAAAACUAUCUGUGACCUGAAUUUCUAGGUUUGAGGAUUUGGAUCAUACAGUUGUAGAGCCUGAGAUUUCCAUAGAAGAAUUCUUGCUAAGAAUAAAUAAUAAAAGUAACUGCUUGUAAAAUAGUUGCCAGUUUAUUAGGUAUGCCUGUUCAGUAGCAGUAUCUGUAGGAUAUCUGUCAGUUCUGUAUAAUAAGAUGUUAAUCAGAUGUCUGGAUAUUUUGAGUAUGUAUAGAAAUAUGUAUCGGUUUAUGCUGUAGUCGAUUGUUGGCAUUAACAGCAUUUACAUGAAAAUUUAUAUUAAGACACAGAACUUCCUUUUUUUUCAAAAACUUACUCAUGAAUAAGGCUAUUAAAGGUUGACACCCUGUACACAGGAUACCAGGACUCUGGUAAAAUGUCAGUUGACGUUGAGUGAAUUAACAAGUGGUGCUACAAGUGUUGGAAUACAACUUAAUAAUUAUAACAUGCAUAGCAGCCUGUUAGCUACCGCUAUAGAGUACAUGUAUCUAAAUAUUUAACCACCCAAUUUUAGUUUUCUGAACUAAUGUGGUAAACGUAUGAUGCAUGUAAACGUCUAUUCCUUUUUUUGUCUUUCAUUCUUGUAGACGUCUGAUACAAUGAUUGAUUGUAUUUUGAGUUUCAUAAUUAAUGAAUAUUAAUUUUAUUAAUUUUAAUUUCUAUACCAAGUGCCAAAACUGGAAGUGCUGAUCUGUAUUAAAAAUAAAGAAAAGAGGGCAAUUAA